AGCAAGCUAUGUGAAUCGCAUCCCACUCAUGUUUGAAAUUUGAAACCAAAAAAAAGAAACACAUCGCUACUAGUAACACUACUAUUUAAACAUCGCUAUUGGCAUUAGGGUUUGGGCCCUAAAUUUUGAAAUUCAAAUACACCACAACAUUCAAAACCGCAGUACUAAUUUAUCUCUAUUCCCAAUCCAUAACCGCAUCAACAUUCAUUCAUUUUACUCCAUAGAAAAAAGAUAAACCGCAUCAACAUUCAUUCAUUUUACUCCAUAGAAAAAAGAUAAACCCUAGAAAAUUGGAAACAAACCAUAACCCUAAUCCCCAUCUUUCCAUCACUCCCAAACACCCAGAUAUGGCCAAAAAGAAAGUUACCCAUGCCCAAUCUCAAUCUCUCGACCACAAGACAUUAACCCCACCACCAACCACCAUUGAUGACUCUUCUGUUCAGAUUCAGAAUCUCAAGAACCUUAACAAUGUUCUUCUCAUAGAAACCACCAAACACAGAAACCAAAUUCAAAAACUUCUCGAUUCAAACCAAACCGUCAUGGAAGCCGAAGCUCUAAUCUCCGAGAAAAAUUUCGCACUGGAGAUUGAAAGCUCUGUCUUUUUCGUUUUUGCUAGGGCUCAUAUUGCUGAAUUAGGGUUUCGUUUCGAUAAGGUUGUUGAGGAGAGGGAUGAGACCAAGUACGAGGUGGAUCUUCAGAACGAGAAGGUGAAUGACCUUGUGUUGAGUCUUGAGAACGAGAAGCGGAAUGUGGAGAGGAUUAGGUUGGAAGCUGGGAGUCUGUUGGAGGAAAAGAUUGAGAAAGAAAGAAGGGUUGAAGAGCUUGAAAAGGAUAAGGAUUUGGUUGUGAAGAAAUCAAUUGAGUCGGAGAAGGUAAUUGAUGAGUUGAAGGAGAAGAUUGAUUUGUUGGUGAAGGAGAAGAAUGAGAUUGAGAAUGUGAAUGGUUCUCGGGGGACGAAGAUCUUUGACCUUGAACGUGAGCUGCAGCAACACGGUGACCUUUUGAAAAACUCACGGAAAGAAGAGGAGCUGAUGCGUGUUAAGAUUCUUGAGAUGGAGGAAACUAUUGGGCUUGCUGUGGACAAGGAGAGGGAAAUGAGGGUGGAAAAUAGCAAUUUGGUUGGAGAGAAGAAGGAGAUGGCAAAGAGUAUUGAGAUUUUAACUGAGGCAAGAGAUGGUGUUUUUAGGAAACUUGAUGUGGUUCAGAGAGAGUUGGAGAAUAGGCAGCACGAGGUUGAUGAAUCGAAUAGAGCGAGAGAUGAGAUUGAGAAGGUUAAAGUUAGCAGCGAGAAUGAAAUUAUUGAGUUGCGAGGUGAGGUGAAUCGACUGAGGGGUGUUGUUGAUGAGUUGGAAAUGUCUUGCAAAGAGUUUGCAGAGAAAAACAGUGGAUUACUGUCUCAAGUUCAUCAUUAUAGGAAUGCUAUUCAAGAGGUGGAAUCUUUGAAUGAGCUCAACAGUAAGAAGUUUGAAGAAGAGAAAAACAAAGUAGAGAGUUUUGAGUCACAAGUUGUGGUAAUGCAGGAAAAAAUUGAGCAAUUACUUUCUCAAGUUCAAUGUUAUAAGAAAGCUGUUGAUGAAGUUGUGCUUGAGAGGGAUAACAUCAAAAAGGGAUAUGAUGAGGAGCUAAACAAAGUAAAGAAUUUGGAGUCACAAGUUGUGGCAAUGGAGAAAAAGAUUGAGCAAUUACUUGCUCAAGUUCAAUGUUCUAAGAAUGCCGUUGAUGAAGUGGUGCUUGAGAGGGAUAACAUCAGAAAGGGAUAUGAUGAAGAGCAAACCAAAGUGGGGAAUUUGGAGUUGCGAGUUGCUGAGUUGAAGCUUGAGAAGGAUACCGUCAAGAAGGGAUAUGAAAAGGAGAAGAAUAAGGUGGAGAAUUUGGAGUUGCAAGUUGCAGGACUGAAGGAAAAAAUUGAAAAUGCUGAAGCUGAUUUGGCGAAGUUAAGAAGCGAGAAAGAGAAGAUGAAUGAGAGGAACAAGGGGCUGGGUGGCCGUGUAGAUGUUUUGAUUAAGGAAAAGGAUGCUACACAUAGUAGCCUUAUCGCAGCUCAACGAGAAUGCGAUGAAUUGAGAGCUAAGCUUGACUCAUCCUGCAUCAACUCAAAGCAGGCCUUGGAAUUGUUGAAGAAUACUGCUGCUGCAGUUGUGGUUAAGGAAAAUGUGGAAGUGAUUCCUCGCGGAGGGAAGAAGAAACACGAGAAAGAAGAAAUUCAGGCUUUUGCUGAAGAACUGGAGGCGAUAAAGAAAGCAUUCAAAGUUAAGGAAGAAAUGGUGGACGAGAUGAAGCAACAACUUGUAUCUAUGCAGAAAUCUGUGUCUGAUGCACAUAAAGGUAAGCAUUUAUGGACUGGGAUAUCCUCUGCUGCUGCAAUUUUUGCCGCUGGAUUGACUGCCUAUUUUGCUAAAGGUCGCUGAAAUGUUGUCUUAUUUAUUUUAUAAGAUUAGUUUUUGUAAUAGGAUCAAGAUAUACCUUGGUUUUUAGCCAAACAAUCUUGAUCUUUAUCAUCGAAUUAAUUACUUUUGUUUUAACAUCUUGAUCUUUGCUUUAGUCUAUAUUGAUAGAUGGAAACUUGUGGAAAUGUGGUGGCUAACUAUAAUAAAAUGAACCAUGUGCUCUUUGGUCUUAA